ACCCCGCCCGGCGCAGCACCAUGCCUGCCUGCCGCCCCGGCCUUCACGCCGUCCCCCUCCUCCUCGGCCUGCUGCUGCUGGGCCUCUCCCCUGUCCCAGGCAGAGAAGCGGAGAAAACGGGCGUGUGCCCCCAGCUGCAGGAGGACCUGAACUGUACGCAGGAGUGCCAAUCUGACGCCCAAUGCGCCGACAACCUCAAGUGCUGCCAGGCCGGCUGCGCCACCAUCUGCCACCUGCCCGACGAAAAGCAAGGUUCCUGCCCCCACGUGAACACUGACUUCCCCCAGCUCGGCCUCUGCCAGGACCAGUGCAAGGUGGACAGCCAGUGUCCUGGCCUGUUGAAAUGCUGCUACAAUGGUUGCGGGAAGGUGUCCUGCAUCACUCCCGUCUUCUGAGCUCUAGCCACCACCACCCGAGGAGUGGGGGAGUGGAAGUUUCUGCCCGGCUCUGCCUGGCUCCAGCCCAGCUGGGCUCCCCUCUUUCUGGCCUCUGCACUCCCUCCAGAGCCGAGCACAGCUUCUGUCUUUUCCAACCAAUAAAGUGACCGUUUCCAGCACUGGG